AUGGAUUCCACACGCCGCCGUCCCCAACAUCAGGAUGCCGCCUUCGACCACUUCGUCUGCACUCCGGUUACAGAGGAUAUGAUUUCAUACCUCGCCGAGAUGGCCCAGGCAGUCAUUCAGUGUGAGACUUUCCCCACCACAGAACAGGUUCAGCUUCAAACCCCCACACCGCCAACAACGCCGCCACCAGCCCUGUCGGCUGCCGACCUCAAGAUCCCAUCUCUCGAGCAGUUCAUCACUUCCCUCGUUAUCCACUCAAACGUUCAAGUCCCGACAUUGAUGACCACUCUUUUGUACCUUCACCGUCUUAAGAAGAAGCUCCCACCCGUUGCCAAGGGUUUAAGAUGCACGACUCACCGCAUCUUCCUCGCGUGCCUUAUCCUCUCUGCCAAGUUCCUCAACGACUCCUCCCCAAAGAACAAACAUUGGGCUGGGUAUACCUCGGUACCUUCGACGUUGUACCAAGAUUUUUCCCAAUUCGGCUUUUCCGGGAACGAGGUCAACCUUAUGGAGAGACAACUCCUCUACCUUUUGGAUUGGGAUCUCAACUUUGGUCUCGCAGAGCUUGAGGGUCACUUUGAGCACUUCUUGGAUCCCAUCCGCAAUGCUAUCGAGGAAGAUAGACAGAUCAAGAACCGCCAUCGCGAGUACCUGGCGCAACGUGAGGCGGAACGCAACACUUUGAGAAUCGCACGCCCUGCCUUGGACGACUUCAAUGUUCGCACGGAGACAAGUGAGCCAACAGUGGCACAGCCAAGAGCCAUGUACAACUCAGCAAAGGCAUACAAGGCCGAGUUCCUCAAGCGUCGCACACCAUCCGCAUCAGAUAUUCCGGAUCUCUCCCGCAGCGGCACCGCCGACACCACCGGCUCGUAUAGCAUGGGAUGCUACUCCGGCCACUCAUCUCGAGAGUCCAGCCGCAGCCGAUCAAACACACCGAUAUCACGAAUUCCGUCUAUGAACUCCUUCCGGGAAGAUCUCAAAGUCGAUAUGUUCCCCAGCCAGUCUGAUGACUACUACCUGCCAGUCGCUCCUACGAUGAGCCCUGAGCAAGUCUACAUCGCCGCUCCCACCCACGGCAAAGUCCAACCGGACAUCACCACCAUGUACGAUAUUGAGCAAGCUACCCAGCAGUCCUCCCGCCGUGCCCGCAUGGCUAUGAGCAUGGGAAUGGGCCGCAGCCAGAACAUUAUCUCCCGCUUUCUAGGGUACCGCAACUAG